AUGAAGAGGAAAGCGGAAUCCGCCGCCAAUGGCAAGGGUGGCCGCGCUUCCAACCCCAAGAAGCCCAGGACCGUGAUCACUGCCGAGGAAGCAAAGGGUCGCUUCAGAAAGGGCCUGUUCGACAAGAAAGUCCACGACUCGUACACCCAACAAUACGCAGAGUCCGCGCCGUACAAGCAUGCCGUGAUACACGAACUGGUGGACGACAAGCUGCUGCGCUCCGUGCGCAACGAAAUCAAGAACAACGUCGAGUUCACGCCGAAAGAGACCGACAUCUACAAGAUCCAUCAGUCCGGCGACCUCGCCAACCUGGACGGCCUGGACGACGAGUCGUUGGCCAGGCUGCCCUCGCUGCUGUCGCUUCGCGAUGCCAUCUACUCAGAAUCCUUCCGCGACUACGUCUCUCACAUCACCGGGUGUGGUCCGCUCAGUGGACGCAAGACAGACAUGGCAAUCAACGUCUAUACUCCUGGCUGCUAUCUUCUCUGCCACGACGACGUUAUCGGCUCCCGACGAGUCAGCUACAUCCUCUACCUGACCGAUCCCGACAUCCCGUGGCAGGCCGAAUGGGGCGGUGCGCUGCGGCUGUUCCCCGUGCAGGAGCUCGAGGGCGACAAUGGCGAGGUUGCCAAGACUCCCCUUCCCGAUGCUGCCAAGGUCAUCCCCCCCGCGUGGAACCAGCUCAGCUUCUUCGCCGUGCAGCCCGGCGAGAGCUUCCACGAUGUCGAAGAGGUCUACCACGCAAAGAACAAGGCCCAGCUCGAAAAGCAGGGUGGCCGCGUGCGCAUGGCCAUCAGCGGCUGGUUCCACAUCCCGCAAGAGGGGGAGGAUGGCUUUAUCAAGGGGGAAGAGGAGAAGAAUGCAAAGAACAGCAGUCUGAUGCAGCUCAAAGGCAACCCCGCGCAGUACGACACGCCGCAGUUGCAACCGGUCAAGGUGGACAAGCCCACGUCCAGCGAGAGUGAUUUUGAGGAAGCGGAUCUCGAGUUCCUGCUCAAGUACAUUGCGCCGACAUACCUCACGCCCGACACGCUGGAGCAGAUCAGCGAGCACUUUGAGGAGAAUUCGAGCAUUGAGCUCGCAGACAUUCUCUGCAAAAAGUUUGCAAAGAGACUCAAGGACUACGUGGAGGCAGAGGACAGCAAAGACCUGGGGGACGACAGCAGCGUGAUCGAGAAGAAGACGCCUUGGCGAGUCGCUAAGCCGCCGCACAAACACCGAUUCUUAUACCAGGCCCCUGCCGGACCGAAUGACUUGCGCAGAGCGCAGGAGGAAUCUCCCAUCACAGAGCUUCUUGACAUUCUCUUGCCCAGCAGGCAGUUCCGUCACUGGCUGCAGAUCGCGACCGGCUGUACUGUCCAAAGCCAUGAUAUUCUAGCUCGCCGCUUCCGAAGGGGCAAAGACUAUACUCUGGCCACCGGCCAUGAAGGUCAGCCCCGGCUCGAGCUUAGCCUCGGCAUCACGCCAUCAGGGGGAUGGGGCGAGGACGAAGUAGAGCCGGAAGAGGAGGAGGACGCCAUGAGCAAGAACGGAAAGGGAAAGGCCAAGGAACCCCAAGAACCCCCCGCGGAAGAAGACGACGUGGGCGGGCAUGAGGUGUACAUGGCUGCAGCAGACGAUACCAACGAAGAUGCCGCCGUCUACAAGUCGGCCGCCGACGACGACAACAUCCUCUUCUUCCAGAACGCCGCCUGGAACAAGCUCGCCAUUGUCCUCCGUGAUGGCGGCACGCUCAAGUUCGUCAAGUACGUCAGCCGCAAGGCCAAGGGCGACAGAUGGGACAUCUCGGGGUCCUACGACGUAGAGGACCAGGAAAGUGACGCAGAGGGCGGUAAGGCUGCUGGACCGGAUGAUGAAGAGUCGGAGGAGGAGUUUCAGGGAUUCUCCGACUCGGCUGAUAGCGACUCGGAUUGA